AUGCAAUUACUGUCUAACUUUUUAGGCAGCUUUCUGCUGUUUGUGUAUUGGUCUGACACACUGGUACCAGGAUGCCCGCAUAAGAUCAACAUAACGGCGAAAGGGGACAUCAAGAGAGUGAACGUCUACGGCGAGGGGCUCAACGGUGGCAUCUCAGGGAGUGAGCUGAAGGUGUUCGUGGACACAACAGAGGCAGGACCUGGUAAAUGUGGUGGAAACCAUUUAUUUGUUCCCUUUCCGAACUUGUAA